GGCCGGCGGAGCGGUCCGCGCCGGCCGGGAGGAUGCUGCUGUCCCUGGUGCUCCACAUGUACUCGCUGCGCUGCGUGCUGCCGGCCGCCGUGCUGCUGGGCACGGCGCCCACCUACGUGCUGGCCUGGGGCGCCUGGCGGCUGCUGUCCGCCCUGCUGCCCGCCCGCUUCUACCAGGCGGUGGACGACCGGCUCUACUGCGUCUACCAGAGCAUGGUGCUCUUCUUCUUCGAGAACUACACCGGCGUGCAGAUAUUGCUAUAUGGAGAUUUGCCAAAAAAUAAAGAAAAUAUAAUAUAUUUAGCAAAUCAUCAAUGCACAGUGGACUGGAUCGUGGCGGACAUCCUGGCGGUGCGGCAGGGCGCGCUGGGGCACGUGCGCUACGUGCUGAAGGACGGGCUGAAGUGGCUCCCCCUGUACGGCUGCUACUUCUCGCAGCACGGCGGGGUCUACGUCAGGAGGAGCGCCAGGUUCGACGAGAAGGAGAUGAGGAAGAAGCUGCAGAGCUACACCCGCGCUGGCACCCCGAUGUACCUCGUGAUUUUCCCGGAGGGGACGCGGUACAACCCGGAGCUGACGAAGGUCAUCUCGGCCAGCCAGGCGUUCGCGGCUCAGCAAGGCCUGGCGGUGCUGCAGCACGUGCUGACGCCGCGCGUGAAGGCCACCCACGUUGCCUUUGACUCCAUGAAGGACUACUUAGACGCGGUGUAUGAUGUGACGGUGGCUUUCGAAGGGACGGUGGAUGGGAAAGGGCAGCGGAAGGAAGCUCCGUCCAUGGUCGAAUUCCUCUGCAAAGAAUGUCCAAAAAUCCACAUUCACAUUGACCGCAUAGACAAGAAGGACGUCCCGGAGGAACAAGUGUACAUGAGAAGGUGGCUUCACGAGCGCUUUGAAAUAAAGGACAAGUUGCUCAUCGAGUUCUAUGACUCGCUGGACCCGGAGAGGAGGAACAAGUUUCCCGGGAAGAGUGUCCACUCGAAGCUGAGUCUCAUGAAGACACUGCCGUCACUGCUGAUCCUGAGUGGCCUGACCGCCGGCCUGCUGGUGACCGAGACGGGGCGCAGGCUGUAUGUGAAGACCUGGGUCUACGGGACCCUCGUGGGCUGCUUGUGGGUCAGCAUCAAGGCGUAGGACUGCCCCGGCCGCGGGCCAUGCUCGCUGGUGGUCGUGGGCGGCCCCGCGUGCACACCCCGUGUCCGAUUUGCCCAGACAUGUGAAUAAAGCCUUACUGAUUGAA